CGUCACCGUGGAGCAGAGUGAUUCCUACUGGCUGAUUCAGGCGGGGUUCCAUUGUGGACGUCACAAUGCGGAAGUUGGACAAUGAGCCUCAGACUAAAACUUCCUCCUCUGGGCAACAUCUGCGAGGAAAUCAGUGUUUUCCCCUUUCCAUUUCUUUUCUCAUUCUGGGGGCAAAUUGUUGACUUGCAGGAACUGAAGCGAAAGGAAGUGAAUCCAGGGAGGGUACAGACUCUGGAAAGGUUGGCCCAGGUCUCUCUCUCUCUUAAAUACAAUGUGACACCCAAGUGAGAGUGUUUCCAGUGCACUGACUCUGGAAAGAGCUUUAACCAGUUACACAGCCUGAAAAAACAUUGCACUUUUCAUAACAGGGAGAGACUGUACAUGUGUUCUGUGUGUGGAUGAGGCUUCAACUGAUUGCCAAAGCUGGAGAGACUCAAGGACACUCACAACAUGGAGAAACCAUGGAAAUGUGCGGACUGUGGGAAAGCUUUCAGGUUCCCAUGUCAGCUGGAAACCCAUUGACGCAGUCACACCGAUGAGAGGCCAUUCACCUGCUCGAAGUGUGGACAGGGAUUCACUCAGCAAUGCAACCUGCUGAGACAUCAGCUAGUUCACACGGGGCCAGGCCGUCCAACUGCUCUCAGUGUGGUGGGGGAUUCAGUGAUUUGCCCACCCUGCUGCACCACCAGCAACUUCACACCGAGAAGAGGCCAUUCACCUGCUCCAAGUGUGGGAAGGGAUUCAGUCGGUCAGCCCAUCUACUGAGACACCGGAGGUUUCAUACUGGGGAGAGGCUGUUCAACUGCUUGGAGUGUGGGAAGAGAUUCAUUCAGUCAUCCAACCUUCUGCGAGACCAACGAGUCCACACUGGGGAGAAGCCGUUCACCUGCUCCAAGUGAGGAAGGGAUUCACUCAGUCGUCCAGCCUGUUUACCCACUAGCGACUUCACAGUGGGGAGAGGCCAUUCCUCUGCCCCAAUUGUGGGAAGGGAUUCAAUCGAUUAUCCAACCUGCGGAAGCACCAGCAAGUUCACAAGUGAUUACAGGGGUUGGAUUCCAUAAUUGCUGCUGUUAAUCACAUCCAGGACUGAACCAUGUUCGUUCUGGCAGAUGGCAAUGGAGGGUUUCUUUCUGCUGGACUGUCUGUUCUCAUGACUUUGCUUCCAGUGGGCUGAUGCUCUGAGACUUGUUGCGACUAUUUAGCUGCUUAUUUCAUAUAGAUCACAGGAACAAAGGGUGUUUUGAAGGAUAUUAGAAGGGGAGGAUUUUCAGCCUGAAAUCUCAAACCAAACAUUGUGUCAAGAUCUGAUAGAGUCAUCCAAUUCGUCAGGACCUGAAUAUCAUCGGCUGUUGAAUCUGGAAGGAGAAAUGUUUGUCUGUUCUGGCAGCUUCAAAAGGUUUUCAUCAUCAGUGUGACUGGGUAAACACCGAGACACACACACCCGAGUAUGAGUGUUCCAGUGAAAUGAGUGUGGCAAGAACUUUAACCAGUUACACAGCCUGAAAGUACAUCACACUAUUCACAGCAGGGUGAGGCUGUGCACGUGUUCUGUGUGAGGAUGAAGCUUCAACUGAUCAUCAAACCUGGAGAGACACAAGGACACAUGUAUCAUGGAGAAGCUGUGGAAAUGUGGGUACUGUGGGAAGGGUUUCCGGUUCCCGUCUGCGCUGGAAACUCAUCGACGCAUUCACACUGGGGAGAGGCCAUUCACUUGCUCCAUGUGUGGGAAGGGUUUCACUGAUUCAUCCACCCUUCGGAAACACCAGCAUGUUCACACCAGGGAGAGGCCGUUCACCUGCUCCGAGUGUGGGAAGGGAUUCAGGGACUCAUCCCAUCUGUUGACACACCAACGGGUUCACACCAAGGAGAGGCCAUUCAUUUGCUCGGAGUGUGGCAAGGGAUUCAGUCAUACAUCCCACCUGCUGACACACCAGCGAGUUCACACGGGGGAGAGGCCAUUCACCUGCUCUGUGUGUGGGAAGAGAUUCACUCAGUCUUGCAACCUGGUUAUGCACCAACGAGUUCACACUGGGGAGAAGCCGCUCACCUGCUCUUUGUGUGGAAAGCGAUUCAAUCACUUAUCCAACCUGCUGAGACACCAGCGAGCUCACAGUGGAGAGAGGCCGUUUACCUGCUCUGAGUGUGGAAAGGGAUUCACUGAUUCAUCCAACCUGCUGAGACACCAGCGAGUUCAUGCUGGGAGAGACCAUUCGCCUGCCCUGAGUGUGGGAAGGGAUUCAGUCAGUUCUCAAGCCUGCGGAGAAACCAGUCAGCUCACGCUGGGGAGAAGCCAUUCACCUGCUCUGAGUGUGGGAACAGAUUCUCUCAGUCACCACACCUGCUGACACCCCAGCAAGUUCACAAGUGAUUACAGGGGUUGGAUUCUGCUAUUAUUGCUGUUGUUAAUCACAUCCAGAACUGAAUCAUGUUCAUUCUGACACUUGGUGAAGUGGGAGGGUCAGAGGGUUUCUUUCUGCUGGACUGGCCGGUCUCGUGACUUUGCUUCCAGUAGGCUGAUGCUCUUUGAGUCCGGGACUGCAUAUUUCCACUGAAAUGAUCCACAAAAGCUGAUGAAGCACAUUUAUUUUAUCCUGGUAGUAAAUCGUGUUUUUCCACCCACUACAGGUAGAUCUGAAAUAAAUGCAUUUGUCUCUGUUCCAUUGAGCCUCGAGGCUGGAGUGAGGAUUUAUGAGAAUGACACGAGUCAUUAGUUAAAUGGUGUAUUCUCCAUGGCAAUGCAUCCACCAAUCAGAGUGCAUUUGCCAACCAAUCAGCACACUCCUCUCAUGAAGUAUAAAUUGUUGUUCCCUUCACAUUUGAUAUUCUUGCGAAUGUUCGGAUGAGUGCAAGAUGAAAAACUUCAACGUCUCUUUUUUCCGCAAUUACUGUUUUAAUUAAUAAACAGUAACAAAGAUUGAAUAAUAAUGAAUUAGUAGUUCGAGUAAAAGAUUGAAUUUUAUUUGCUGUGAACAUGUAAAACCUUAAUUUCUGUGUAUGUAAAGAAUGUGCAAUGAUAAUAAAUGUACUGGCAAGAGAGACCUUCAAGCUCUGAUUAGCCUCAACAUUUGAAACUGUAUGAAUAAGGGAUGGU